AUGUUUUCUAUGAUACUAGAUCUCAAGUGUUUGAUGAGAAUAUUCAGGUUGGCUGUGUGCCUAGUACUGCUGCUGGAGAAUGAGUUUUCCUUUUUCGUGAGAGGUGAAUUAUAUAAACCUGAACAGCCCAUUACUUGUUCAGAUUUGAAGCAAUGUCCAAAGGAAUGGCCUUGUUGCUCACCAUAUGGUCAAUGCGGAGCUGGUCCUAUUUGUAUAGGGAGCUGCAACCCACGAUUUUCGUUCGAGAAGCAUAGCUGUGCUCCUUUGCCAGCACUUGUUCCCAACUCCAUUAUUCAGUUUUUACCAAAACCGAUCCAAGUGCCUGCAGUGUCUUUGCUGGAAGUCGAACUUCUAGAAAGGGGAAUAAUUGAUUUCACGAAAUAUCUAAUAACCCCGGAUGUGGCCGCAGCACGACAAAUGUUAAAUAAUGUGGAAUUCACUUUCAGCGGACCACUGAAACUAGAUGAACAAACGGGUGAUCUUCUUUUAACGAUGCCCAAACAUUCCACAGGGACUCUCAUUGCUUCAACAAAAUCUUUUCUGUAUGGUGCAAGUUUUGUACGCUUGAAAAGUGGCAGAUCAAGAGGUGUAAUUACUUCUGUUGUUUUGAUUUCAUCUGUCGGUGACGAAAUAGAUUUCGAAUUUUUGGGAAGUGAAUUGAACUCAGUACAAACUAAUUAUUUCUAUCGUGGAGCACUGGUGUAUACUCACAUGGAGCAUGUGAAUAUCACAUCAUCCACUCACAGUGAGUAUCACGAUUAUGGAUUUGAUUGGGAUGAGGACAGGAUACAUUGGUUAGUGGAUGGCGUUAUUGUUAGAACUUUGUUUAGAGAGGAUACAUGGGAUGAAACGACGCAGUCGUUCAAAUACCCAGAGACACCAAUGAGACUUGAAGUCGGACUGUGGCCAGGCGGUGCUGCGAAUAAUCAUCCAGGAACAAUUGAAUGGGCGGGCGGCACUAUUGACUGGGACAAUGCAAUAGACAUAGUUGAAAAUGGUCAGUUCACAGCUCACAUAAGCUAUAUGAUUGCAGAGCCUUAUGUCAACGAACAUCCACCAGAAAUUUCGACUUGUAUAGAACAGGGAAAAGUUAUCACGUUUGACUAUUUCAGUUUUGAUGAUAUGUCACUGCAAUGGUACUGUGACCUCGUUCCGAACAUACCUGGUUGGCAAAGUUCAGGUUCUGACAUAGGCAGAAUUCCUAAACCCAUGAUUAGGAAAGUAGAUAUGCACCAUGAGCAAACAAUUCUGGUGAACCCGGGAACAGAUUUCAUUCAGGAUACACAUAAUCUUGACAUUUCUGAGGAUGGCCUUGCUCGGUUCAAUAAAUCAAGAAAUGCGUCGAUAGUGCAACCAGAGGAAUCAUCUGCCAAGAUCUCGUGUUUGCACAACAACCCAUUAUACAUAUUGAAAAUGUCCAUUAUACUCUAUUUAUCGAAGUUUGUCUCUACGAUGUAG